GCUGGCCGAGGUUGGGCGGGGGCCGGGCCGGGGCGGGGUCGAGAAAGAGGAGAGGAUCAGAUCAGAUGGUUGGAACUCUGGGGAAACCUCCACGCAUCCCCCCUGUCCUAAUCAACAUGCAUGUUUGUCACACCUGCGAGGCACGCGGCAAUGAUUGACAGCUUUGCAUGGUGGCGGGGAUUUUCCCGCCACGCUGUCCCACCGGAGGAAUUCCCAAGGUUCCUAACAAUCACUUCCUCAAAGCAGAACACCUGUACCUGAACUUCCGCUUUCUGAACAAGGAAGAAGGACAGGAGCUUCAGCAAGAUACCAGCUGCCCACCUGGGCUCAUGGAAAGGAGGCAGUUCCAAUGGAUCGACUUUUCCAAGUUCUCCGCUCAGAAAGCCGACCACGUGGCAAGUGCUCAACUGGCAACCAUUUACAUGGUGACAAGGUGGACCAGAGAGGGAAGUUCGAACAGGAGAGCUGUGCCAAGGCAGGCCCAGAAAGUGAUGGACAUUUGUACCCUACAAGUAUGAGCAUUGUAGAUGGGACAGACUACUCAGUGGCAGAAGCCUGGCAGCGGGCGAUGGGGUCAUCGGAGGAGCGAAAUGGGACAGCCGUGAAGGAGGGAUGGCUAAAGAAAUCACCCCCAUUAGACAAGUGGGCCACCCCAUUCAAGGCUUGGGAACAGCGCUGGUUUGUUCUGCGGAUCACCCCCCAGGAACAACUGGAACUGGAGUACUACAAGGACAAGGACAGCUCCAGGAAGGACGAACCAAAAGGCAUCAUCAAGUUUGGAAAGGUGGACUUUUACGAAGAAAUCAUCAAGCUGUGCGACAAAAAGGACAAGAAGGUUGCAGACAUCAUCAGCAAGCACAAGUCUGAGAACAUCUUCACUGUGACUAGCUCGGAGGGGAGAAAUUUCUUCCUGAUCUGUGAGACAAAGGAGGACCUGGAGAGUUGGUUUGACCUGCUACAGCAGCAUCUGGAGGAACUCGGAUACAUCAAGGGUUUUGCCCUCCAGAAUAGAGGACGGUCAGCUACACAACAAUUGGGACCCCGGCCUCGAGAGAAAACACCUGAGCGUUACCUGCAUUCUGCACCUGGUCAGAACCAAAAUGCCUUUGCAGGAGUAGGACAGAGGGAAGCACAGCCUGAGUCAGACAUCACCGUUAGAGGAUUGCAGACACCCAGUCCUCGUCCCAACAGUUCCAGCUCCUCCUCGGGAUGCUCUAGCUGUUCCAGUAUCUCCAGUCAGUCCAACCCAGAUGUGCAGUAUGCUGUUUAUCGCUCUGCUACACCAACCACCCAACCACCUGUGCGUCACAGUCCGACCCCAACCAGCCAACGACCCACAUGCCUCCAUUCAACCCUGACCGGACAGACCAACUUCGAUGUACAGCAGACACCUGACGAUGAACACAGGACAACUUCUGUGCCUAUAGGCACACAGCAUGCCAUUGCGGGGUCUCGCACGAGCUCACCCUCCACACCACCAGACACACCUAUGUCGCCACUCUCAUCCUCACCUGCCUUCGAUUUCAACCCUGAGUUUAUUCAUCAGAUGCAGGAGGAGGGAGAUGUUAGAGGAGAGUCUGCAGAGCAGGAGCCUAACUAUCGUCUCCUGGAGAAUCCCAGCCAGCCUUGCUGCCUACGCCACCACAUAUUCUAUGUGGGUGUUGAAACUGCAAGAGAAUAUCUAGACUUGUACGAAAAUAUCCACGUGAUUCUGGAUGAGAAACAGUGGCGACAGAGCGUGAGAACAAGGAAGGCAUCCCUGAGACAGUCGUGUGGUCCUGUCAUGGAGACCCUGGAACUUCAGCAGGGAAUCCCUGUCUCUCACGGGGACCUGGAGGAUGCAGAAGUAUUUGGAAAUGAGGAGGGAGAGAAGGAAGAUAUUUAUGAACCAAUGGGCCCUCAGCCUGGUCAUUCUGACUCUGUGACCUUACCAACAUCUUUGACAGUGGCAGCUGAAGAAAGCCCCUACAGCUCAGGGGAUGAGGACCUCUAUGUCCUGCCCACUAGUGGGAUCUCACCUGAUGAUGACUAUGGCAUACAUCCCAAGUUCUCGCUCGGAACAGGAAAUUCAGCACCAGGCUCUCACAAGGAGCAGGAAAGAGAUGAUGUUAUAGCCCAGAGCAGUGGUGGGGAAAUAUCCCCGGGUCAUCUCAGCGAGCCUGCUGAGAAGCUGGAAGAUGGAGACGACGUGUCAGAAGUGGCAAAAGCAAUGGAAGCAGCUGCAGCUGAUUUACUCCCAGAUCACAAUGAAAGGAAAACUAUCUCUUGUAUGCUGAAGCAGGAGAAUCUGUGCCAGGAGGAUGCCUUUGCCUUUGUAGAGCAGCAGAGAGAACUGUUAGAGAGUUUCUCCAGGUCACAGACAGCCGCUCAGUCAUCCACACUGGAGAGGCAGGUUGAAGGCCAGGAGGACACGAAGCCUCCUUUACCUCCGAGAAACCUUUCAUUCCGUGCCCACAGUCCUGAUUGCUCCCACAGCCCACAUACACCACUAAGCAGAUCAAGGUCUGGCUCUUCAAGAAUGGAGGCUCCACCUGAAGACACAAUAAUGAAGAAACGAGCCAACACCCUGCCCAUACUACACAGCUGUAGAACACCACCUCUUCCUACUGAGCCUCCACCCCUCCCACCGAGAGUCAGCCUGUCCCCCUCCCCAUCUGAGCUGCAGGCAGAGAUCAUUCGUCAGCAGAUGGACAGUGGGGAGAUCAAGGUCAUACUCAGCAGGGAGCAGGUCAUCAACAAACUGGCCUUUGUGGAAUGUUUCAGCGCUGUGUGGAUUGCUGGAUGGAAGGAGGAAAAAGAACCAAUGCUAAAGCAGUAUUUUUAUGUGGGAGAUAAUGUCUAUGCUAUCAAUGAUCAGCGAGUGAGAACUGCUGAUGACGCCAGAAGAACAAUUCAGACCUCCAUGAAGGAUCAGAUUAUUUUCCACAUCAAGCGGCUGCCACAUGCGUAUGUGGUUACUUUGAGGAGGACCACAGAUGGGGAGAAACUUGGGAUUGACAUCAAGGCAAACCAUGCAGAGAUCACAGCUGUGGACCCAGAUGGCCUAGCUGGACAGCAGGGCAUGAAACCCAAGUACAGUGCCAAGAAUUAUCAGGUUAACUGGACGAUCACCAUGAUCAACAACCUCCCAGUCAGCAUCCUGGCAGUGCAUGAGAAGGAGGUUCAGAGGCGUAUCUGGGAGGGUGGUCUGCAGGUGACAUUAGUCCUGCAGCCUUCAGACUUCAUCAAGACACUGCGGAAGGAACUUAAGAUAUUCACUAACAGAAACCCCAAGGAGUAUGAGGUGGACACACUGGCAACCAGGAAGUAGAUUUUGUCUUCCUGGUAGAUUUGAAAAUGACAUCUUAAAACAGCAAUAUGUUGUAGUACAGCAAGGGUAUGAUAAACAAUUGCUGAACAAAUUUUGUGAUCUAAUAAUGCAUAUGUUGUGUAUCAUUUUUUAAAAGAACCAUUGAACUUUUUUCAAUCAAAGGAAUCGUCGCUUCCAAUGUGUGACCAGACAUGGUCAUUGUUCAUAUCAGUGAAGGCCAUAAGACUUGAUUAUAAAUGAAAUCUUAAGAAGCAGACAAAACAGAAAAAAUGUGCCUUUAAACAUCUUGAAGGAAUCCAUCAGUUCACACAAGUGUGCAUGACAAUGUAGGUACAUUUUACAUAGGACCUUUAUGUAGCCAUCUGAAUGAUGACCAGAUAUUGGAUAUAACCAUGUUGUUGUUUUUUUGUACAUAUAUGUACUAGGUAUUUAGUAUUAAAAUGGUCUAGUUGUAGCAAUGGCACAUGAGUACUUUGUGUCCUAGAAGCAAUAAACCAAUGAUCUUCCGAACAUACAAAUUCUGAAAUGUCAAGAUUUUGUUGCUGUGAACAAAAAAUCUUCUCACCAGAUCAUCUGUUAGAGGACAGUGCAUGACUUGCAAUGUUGUCUUUAAUUGUUUCUAUGAUAUGUAAAGGAAGGCAGUUGUAAGAUGUGAUCUUGAUUUCUUAUAUUUUAGGCAUUUACAUAAUGUACAUUUGUAUUAUAAAGCUGUACCAAUAUAGAGAAGUUCCCCAUACUUUUUAUUUUCAUUAUCGCUUGUAUUGAAUUGUCACAUAUCAUAUUAUAUCUUACAUGCUUACAUUUGUAUAUAUGAAUAGAUAGCAUGCUUCUCAUAAUAACUUCUCAUGCACCUUAAUCUUUGGUUGUAGAUAGAAUAGAUGGCUAUAGGUUCAGACAGUUGUCUAUGAAUGUGUAACUGUCAAUGAUAAAGAUUCUCUGCCCAUAGCUGGCAUUGUUGUGUUUAUUUUAGUACUGAUAACAACCAUGCCAUAUUUGCAAGAAUUUUUAGGGCUUUUAAAAUAUACUUUUGAUAAUUGUCUAUCCUCAAAGUAACAAUAAAAUCUCACACUUUA